AUGCAGAAUCCAGCAGCGGUGGCGCCGCCUUCCUCCGUCGUCCACCGUCAGUUAACAAUCUUCAUCUCCUCGGAAUCCAUAAAAGAAGCUAAGCAGCUUCACUCUUUAUCUCUCAAAACCGGAACUUUCAAUCUCUCUCCCGUCUCUUCCCGCCUUGUCUCACUCUACACAUCCCAACCAAUCAACGACCUAAUCUACGCUCGCUCCGUUUUCGACACAAUCCAAAGCCCUUCUCUUCCCUUAUGGAACAUGAUGAUCAAAUGCUAUGUCGAAAACCACCGCUCGCACGACGCAAUCCGUCUCUUCUGCGACAUGCUUACCGAAUUCCCGCCGGAUAACUUCACAUUGCCCUGCGUCGUAAAGGGCUGUUCUCGUUUGUGUGCUGUUGAAGAAGGGAAGCAGAUUCAUGGGUUUUCGACGAAGCUCGGUUUCGGGUUUGAUAAGUUUGUUCAGAGCAGUUUGGUGAGCUUUUACUCGAAAUGUGGCUUGCUUGAUUGUGCACGCAAGGUGUUUGAUAAAAUGGGUGAGAAAGAUUUGGUGACUUGGAAUUCUUUGAUCGAUGGGUAUGCUCGUAGCGGCGAUGUUGAAACCGCGAGAAAGUUGUUCGAUGAAAUUCCCCGCAGAGAUUCGUAUUCUUGGACUGCGUUGCUUCACGGGUUUUCGAAAUCGGGUAAAAUCGAGGCAGCUAGAGAUGUGUUUGACAAGAUGCCAACAAAGAACUUGGUUUCGUGGAACGCGAUGAUUAACGGGUACAUGCGAUCAGGAGAUUUUGAAUCUGCUUGUGAACUGUUUAACACCAUGCCUGAGAGAAAUUUGAUCACAUGGAACUCGAUUAUUGCAGGAUACGAGGUAUACGGUCGGUUUGAAGAAGCUUUGAGUAUGUUUCUCAGAAUGUUACAAGAGGAAGAAGACGAUUUCAUCAAGCCUAACAAUGCAACCUUCACGAGUCUAAUCUCUGCUGUGGCUGCAUCUGCGAUUCUUAGUACCGGGAAAUGGGUUCAUUCGUAUAUGGUCAAGAACGGGAUGGCAAUCGACGGUGUGAUUGGAACUUUACUGAUUGAAAUGUACUCCAAGUGUGGAAGCAUCGAGAGUGCUUUAACGGUAUUCACAUCAAUACAUAGAAAGAAGCUAGGUCAUUGGAACUCGGUUAUUGUCGGGUUAGGGAUGCAUGGGAUGGCUGAUGAAGCAUUGGAACUGUUCAAGAAGAUGCAAGAGAGUGGUAUCAAGCCAAACACAGUGACAUUUGUUGGGUUGUUGAACGCUUUUAGUCACGUUGGAUAUGUGAAGGAAGCACAUCUCUACUUUGAUUUUAUGGUGAAAAAGUAUGGAAUCGAGCGUGAAAUCGAGCAUUACGGUUGCUUAGUCGACGUGUUAUGUAGAACGGGCCGUCUUCAAGAGGCGAAAACUGUUAUCGAGGAAAUGAAAAUACGACCAAACAAAGUAAUCUUGAUGAGCCUAUUACGAGGAGCAAGGAUGUUUGUAGAUACAGAGAUUGGUGAAUACGCAGCUCAUCGGUUAAAAGAAUUGGCUCCGGAGUGUUAUGUUGCUCUGUCGAAUAUGUACGCAGCUGCAGGAAAAUGGGAGAAAGUUUCGGAAGUGAGAGAGACGAUGAAGAAGAAAGGGAUCAAGAAGGAAGCUGGAUGGAGUUUGAUAGAGAGAAAAGGUGUGAUUCACAGGUUUAUUGUUGGAGACAGAUCACAUCCACAAUCAGAGGAGAUAUAUGCAAAGUUAAAGGAGAUGAGAGAGAAGCUGAAAGCAGCAGGACACGUAGCAGAUACUAGACAGGUUCUGUUACGGAUUGAAGAUGAGAAAGAGAAAGAAGCUGAAUUGGAGUUGCAUAGUGAGAGAUUAGCUAUUGCUUACGGUUUAAUCAACAACAACAACGACAAGAGUCCAAUAAGGGUUGUCAAAAAUCUUACGGUAUGUAACGAUUGUCAUUCUGUAACUAAGUUCCUGUCUCGUAUCUAUCAAAGGGAUAUCAUUGUGAGAGAUAACAGUAGAUUCCAUCACUUCAGAGACGGAUUAUGUUCUUGCAAUGACUUCUGGUGAUGGUUCUUUAUCCAGAGACAUGUAUAUUAUAC